AUGGAAGGGUACAGAACGGUACCUGCAUCUAGCAAGGUUGCUCAGUCGGGACCUUACAACACAGUCACUUUCGACCUCGGCUUCGGUGAUAAAUACACAGGGAACGACAAGCGUAUUUCCGACGCCAUGACUGCUGCCCACACCAUGCUUAACGAACUAUUGCAGAGAUCAUUCACCAAUCAAGUCUCUUGUACCUUGUUCGACGACAAGGGCCGCCCAAUUGCUUUGUCGAAUGACCCGGCUGAUCGUGGAGGGGUAGAGCCGAGGAGCAUGACUGUGAUCGAGUCGCCCUAUUUCCCGCUAUUUCGCGAAGCUACCAACGUGACUGAAACACCAGUCAAGAUAGGAGCGUCAUCUUUUUUCUUCGUAUGGGGAACACGAGCGGUGACUAACGUGACUUGUAACUACGAGGGGGGUAACUGGGAUCUGUCUGGUUAUAACUCAUAUCAUGUCACCCUUGAGGACAAGCCGGCCAAAUCUGGAAGCAACAUGACGACCUCACAGGAUGUUUAUUCGUACACGGUGCUGCGGCAAAACUAUACUGACCUUGCUGAACUGCCCCCUCGGCCGCCAACCACUCAACCGAGGCUUUUGGACGAGAGGUCGGUAUUCCAACUGCCACCAAAUCCCUCGAACGACUCGGUGGCCGACGCAGGCGGCGCUCAAAAGGGGGUACUAUGGGGCACCAGGGCGACCUUAGCUAAGGCAGCCAAAAGCGCAUCCCUCCGUUCGAAGGGAUCCGGUGCAAAACAGGAGUACAACAAGGUGACGAUGGAGGUAGGCAAUAUUCUUCGACCUGAUUCGCGCUGCCAGAUCCUGGACCAAGCAGGAAAGAUGAUCAGCGUAGCGGGAGAGGACGGAAAGGCCGUCACCACGUUUCCCAUGGGAAGGUAUACUUUCCAUGAGCCGAAAAGAUCGACAGUGGGGAAAAUCUUGUGUGGCCCUCGUCUCGGGCAAUGA